AUGAAUAUCAUCAAUUCACCAGAGAGCGACUCAUUAACGUGUGUUGGAAGCGAAGUCGAGAAAUGUGACAUUCCUCAAACAGAAAUCACGAAGUCCAACAAGAAUUGGAGGAACAUCGCAACUUCGUCUAUCAAUAAACUGGCAGCAUGCAACUCUAUAUUCCAAUGGAGACCUUGGUCCGAGUCUGUAUCGUCAACGACGGGUCAAAGAUCCCCCGCAAUAAGGAAGUUAGAGGAUGUUUAUCGAGGCUACCGCUCUUUAAGUACAUUUCUCGACAGUGAUGAGAACUUCAUGGUUUACCGACGUUUUGGAUAUCUGCACUCUCGUGUACUACUUAGAAAACAAGACAAGUUGAGGAAGCUCGAGGAUGAACUAGACUCUUAUGAUGAUGAUGAUGCAAAUGACACAACGAAUACUCAACUAGCAAGCAGAAAAGUGCUUAUGUCUCGUAGCCUAGACGAGUCUGCGAGUCGAAAAGAAAAGUUGCAAAGGCCAAGCAUGCGCACUCGAACUGACAUUCUAAAUGACAUCGAGGAAGGCUUGAAAGAAUAUGGGUCAUUUUUGUUGCAAGCCCAAAGCUUAGUUGCCCUCAACAGACCGUCUGCCAGUGACUAUAAAAGUGUCGAAGGCUAUAUAUUUACAAAGAAACCCUUAGUCGACGAAGAGAGUGCCUUUAUUUACAAGAAAGAAGACCUCAUAACUUUGAGAGAUGGCCGUGAGAUGGCUUUGCUGGACAAUCUAUUCGAAAAGAUUUUGAGAGCACUUCACUGUUCUCUUCUACAGGAUGACAGAAGUAAAACAACCGAUAAAAAUCUCCACUAUUACACCAAGGCCAGGAAGGACUACGCCAUUACGGCAAUGUUGGUAUUGGUGUUAUUAUGCCUGUUGAUACUACCAGUAUUUAUUCUCUAUCGACUGACUCUGAAAAAAGACAUGGACGUGACUUAUACUGUGAGCAUUGGAGUACUGCUGAUAUUUACACUUGUUUUCUCAGCGGUACUUUCAAUGUUCACAAAGGCUAAGCGUCAUGAAAUCUUCGCAAGUGCGGCCGCGUACUGCGCCGUGCUUGUAGUAUUUAUCAGCAACAUUCCAAGUCAGAAACCCUCGUAG